CUAAGAUCUGUAUGACGAGGUUCACAUUCAUCGACCUUACCGUGACCACCACUUUGAGUACUUAUCAUCUGUUAAAUCUCUAUCGUGGAGCAUCUGUACUCGUCUUGACGAGUCGUGAGAGACGAGCACGAGUAAAGGUACCACAAGAAGGACUUGCAAAAUCGGUCUACUUCGGUGUCGAGUGACCAAGACGAAUUGGUCUUACGCUUUUUAUCAUUAUCUGUCAACAUCAUCGAUGUCCGCUUCUCCUGACUCACCACCUUUCCCCAACCUCCAAUGCAUCAGACCUUGUCUUGCGUUUGCAUGCCCCCUCUUGCAUGAUUUAGAAUUCAUAUCUGUAUAAUUGAUGCUUUUGAUAAUUUUGACAACUUAUGCUCUUGAUAAUUUUUACCUGUUGUAUAUAUAAUCAAUGCUUUUGUUCUUACUUAGAAGUAGAACUACGUACCAGACCUCUACCUCCUUAGGAUCGAUAAGAUUAAGAAGUAGGAUUGGAUUGAUAGAUACAGAAAUCUCAGGUACUACUAAAACAAAGUGUGUCCUCGUAGCCAUUUUUGUAAUGUUUGACUUUGAUACACAUCAUACGCAAGCAACAUUGUAGUUGAUGAUCAUCUUUUUGACAAUCACAAUCUUCGAAAAAUCCACCCACCAAAGAAAAAAAUAGGGCUCCAACAAAUUCAAGAGAAGGAAACAUCAACAUUAGGGUUGACAUUUCUGAUUGUUUCAGAACUACAUGACCAGGAUUGAAUAUAGAUUUCUUCAUACAAGAACUUAGACGUAUCUACAUCUCCAGUUAUAGUACCGCAGAAGAAUACUAGAACUUCUUGCAUUUAUACAUAUAGAGUUGUCCUCUAUAGACCACGACUAAGUACUUCCAGUUCCUCUACGCCUACCUACAUCAUCAUACUAAAAAGAUGGCCCUCGUCCAACCCGUUGUUUCCAAAGGAGCUUCUGUUUCUGAUCCCAAGAACAUCGCUCCACCUGAUGCCAACAAGGACCAAGCAGAUAAGAUGACGGACGGAACUUCUGGGAACGAUCAUAAUAUGACAGCGAGUACUAGCGUCCCCGUUCUAGGUGUUUCUUCGAGGUCAGUCUCCGCGUCUACUAUAGCCUCUACUUCUUCCACCGGUACUAGUUCUACCUCCGAUGUAAGAAAAGUGUCCAGCAAGGCUUCCACGAGUAGCAAGUCUUCUACUUCUUCUACGAACAGCGCUGAGGACCGUCAUUGUGACAAGUCUGCUCGGGAGUGCAGCUGCGAAGAGGUUGUAACUGUAACAGCACGCCGCGAAAGCGAGUCCUCUUCUGCCGAGGGGGACUAUCAAAAAGUAGAAGGUGUAGUGCUCCUCAGCAAAAAUAUGAAUACUACAGCAGAACACAACGUCGACAGCUGCGACUCAUCUUCUAGUUUGGCUACUGGAGCUCUUCAUGCAGAUGUUUUUCCUCCUUUUGAACAAGGAGAUUGGGAUUGCUCAGUACAAGACUCGUCUGCUUCGGAAGAUGAAGACUCACAGUCACAAUCGUCUGCCGCUUCAAGCGACUCAAAAUCCGAAGAGGACUCCAAUUCAUCUGGAGCGUCUUCUACCAGUGAUGAAAGCAGAAGUGAAGACACCUCGAGUGAAGUUGACGGGGAGGAUGACAAUGACUACAGCAGCCAAGAGUCAUGUGCUGGGUUUGCGAUCAGUCAGAUAGUCCAACCAAAGGAUCAUCCUGGGCAAAAAAUAUCAUCGGUGAUCGCGGCCAGAGACUCGGAUCCAAGGACGAACCUCUUUGCGGAGGUUGCAGAAGUGUUACGCUACGAAAGGAACAAUCGACAGUGUCGCAAAAACGCUGAAGCGAGUGAAGUCGCACUUGCGAAUCUGCACGCUGUGUUGCGUGAUCUGCGGCACAGUGGGCGCGAGGUGCGAGCGGGUCUCUUUCAGAAGUCGCCUGCUGAUUGUCGUGAUGAAGGUGAUGGUGCCACAGCUUCAUCUGGUGUUCUUGGAUCUUCACAACAUGCUGGUGUUACUUUAGCAGCAGAGCAACACGCUCAAAACUCCAGAAGUAGGAGCAUGAUCAAGAAUUUCAUGCAGCACAUUGGAUUACUACGACGACAUGAUGAAAGAGGACCUCCAAUUAUUGACAAAGAAGCAUUAGCACAAGAGCAACAUCAAAGUGAUGUUGAUCAUCUUCAUCAACAAGGAGUGGCGCAAGUAGAAGACCAAGAAGAACCUCCGUAUGAGGGAACCUACAUCAUUGACGUUGCUGACGAAGAGGAUCAGGAUCCCAUUUCUCUUGAUUCAAAGGUCUUCACACCCACAUGUGGAGGACAAGUAGUACAAGCAGAAGCACAAGCCGGAAGAUCUUCGUCAUUUUCCACGAGGACCAGCACGACAUGUGCUGGGGGCAGUGCUAGUUCGACUUCAGCUAUCGAUAGCUCUUGUUCUUCGAGGAAUGAAGGCUCAUCCUCUGGUUCUGACGAAGACAGCACUAAAGAAGAGUCCACAUCCCCUGAAGAUGAGCAUGUGAAGAAUCCGCAUAUGGACGAGGACAAGAUUCGUGGAGACACUCCUUCUAAUCAUAAUGAACAUGAUAGAAGAACCUCCACACGACGAGACAACGAUCAUCUUCCACCUGCUUCUCCUACGUCUUCGAUCGAUAGUGAAGAUGCAAGAGGCAUGACGCCUCGCACCCCGCCUCCUAAAUGUACACCUUUGUCGGUGACUUGGGUCGACAUGAUGAUGAUGCGAGGUGUGGUUUCCUGCUUCCUGAUCUUCCGCGAGUUCGCACCGGUGAUCGUGGCGCUACUGCUAGGUUGCCUCCUUGCUACAGUUUUGCACUUUGCUCAAAUCAUGGUCUACUCCGAUCAAGAAGAUACUGAAAUGAUUUUAUGGCUUCAACUACAACUCAGGAGACUCUGUUGUAAUUAACUACUUACUAGUUCUUGAGUGAAUGUGAAAGCGGGCUACAUUUUUCUUGGUUACAACCGCCCACUAGGAUGGAACUAUGCUAAAAAUUGGUCUGGUCGUGACGAGUUAUAAUAGAUAAUAUCUGACUCUUCAUCCAAGAAAUCCAACAACAACAAGAUGUAGCCUUUCAAGAAAGUAGUGGCUGCAGUUGGACUGAAGAACUUUUUUUACCUUCUGAAGAAACAUGAUUAUCAAUAUUCUUUUCCACUUAAGAAUGAUGAAUAUUCUUUUCCACGACUUCCACUUCUAAUCACAGUGCCCCUGUAUCAUAACUUCAAGCACGAUCUCAACUACACGACGACGAC